AUGAGAAUCUACAGCAGACUGCUUGCAACAGCCGCAGAUGCUGGUGCAGCUAGACCCUUCAGAGCUGUUCCAAUGGCUCUUUUGCCCCCAAUUCCGCUUUAUCGACGCCUCCUGCGGGCCCACCGAAGAAAGCUGCCAACAGAGGAACGUUUGCUUGGCGACUUGUAUGUUAAGGCCGAGUUUCGAGCUCACAAGGACAUCGAUAAUCCCAUACAAAUCGUUGGGUUUCUCACAGAGUGGCAAUUGUAUGCCCAGCAAUUAGAAGGCGAUUCCUGGAAAGAUGCCAGGAUGGAUAAAUCGAAGAUUGACAAAAUGAGUGACCAACAAAUCGGCCAAUUAUACGAAUUGAUGCAAGCCAUUCGCAAGCAAGAGCUGGAAGAUAACGAUCCAGAGUACAAGCCCGCUCAGUGA